CCGGGCCCGGGCGCAACAUGAAGGGAGCCGCCGUCCUGCUGCUGCUGCUGCUGCUGCCCGGGGCCCAGGGCGAGCACCGAGGCAAGGACUAUGUCCGGGACAAGGUGUGCCAGGAGUACAGGACCUUGGGGAAAGAGGACUUCCGAGCGCUGACGAUCAUCAUGAACAGCAGGAAGUUCUCCAACGCCUCCUUCGAGGAGAUGAGCCACCUGGUGCGCGAGAUCGUCUCGCUGGCCGAAACCUGCUGCGCCGAGAGCGCCGAGCCCUCGUGCUACGACGACGGGUCGUCGGCGCUGUCGGCCAAGUCGUGCGAGGCCGGCGCGCCGUUCCCGCAGCACGGCAGCACGGGCGCCUGCUGCGCCCACACGGGCCUCGAGCGCAAGCUCUGCCUGGCCGCGCUGCAGCACCCGCCGCGGGAGCUUCCCCGGCACGCGGAGCCCAGCGGUGACGAGCUCUGCACCCGCUUCGCCCAGGACCCCAAGGGCUUYGCCGACAGGUAUCUCUAYGAGUUCGCCAGCGACUACGGGCAGGCGCCGCUGCCCGUGCUCCUGGGCGCCGCCAGGAGCUUCCUCUCCAUGGUGUCCACGUGCUGCAUGUCCCCGGCGCCCACCACCUGCUUCCUGAAGGAGAAACUGCAGAGAAAAACCCUCUCGCUGCUCACUCUGCUGUCAAACAGGGCUUGCUCCCGCUUCUCGGCGUAYGGCAAGGACAAAAUGAAGUUCAGCUACCUGACAACGCUCGCGCAGAAGACGCCGAGUGCUUCAUUUGAGGAAAUUCUCCCUCUGGCCGAAGACGCGGCCGAGCUGCUUGCCCAGUGCUGCGACUCGGCGGCUGAGGACUGCAUGCAGAAGCAGCUCUCGGAGCACGCCACCAAAGUGUGCGGCGCGCUGGCGCCCAAGGACGAGCGCGUGGCCGGCUGCUGCGCGGGGCAGAACGUGCUGCAGAGCUACUUCUGCAUCGCCGCGCUGAGAGCGCCCGGCGCGCCGCAGCCGCCCGAGCCACAGCCGCCCGCCGGCGAGCGCCUGUGCGGCAAGGACGGUGCCCUGCACGCGCUCAGGUACCUGUUUGAGAUGGCGCGGCGGCACCCCAGCGUGCCCGACGUCUUCCUCGGGAGGCUGUACGACACGUGCCAGGAGGCCAGGGAGCAGUGCUGCGCCGCCAAGGACGCCGCCGCCUGCAUGGACAGCAAGAAGCAGCAGGUGAGAGGGAAGCUCCUGGCCUUCRUGGCGCAGGCGGACGAGCUGUGCAGCCUCUACCACAAGCUGGAUUUCCUCGACUUCAAGAAGCAGGUGAAGGAGGCCCUGGCGCCCGGCACGGCGCCCGAGCGCCUGGCGGAGCUGGCCGAGCGGCGCGCCGAGCUCGCCUCCCAYUGCUGCGAGGCCAACGCGCCGCCCCGCUACUGCGCCCGGCAGGUGGAGGCCGAGAUGGGGCAGGCGUGAGCGGCG